UCUGAGGCCCGUUGUGAAUUUCUUGUAUUCAGUUCCGGACGUUAAACGCGACUGUGCGGUUGUUAUCGAAUAAUUUGAAAAUUUUACCAAUUUUGUUUUUCUUUGAAUCAAACAGAAAAAAAAGAGUUCAGUUUUUUUUUGUGUUGUUUAGAGAAGAAAAAAGAAGUUGCAGAAAAAAAGUAAAUAAAAGAAACCCCCCACACUAAAAAUCAGAAGCAAAAAGCAACCAACAUCUAUCUAUCUGUAUGCAAGUCUGCCUACCUACAUGAAAUAUCGAUAAAGGCUGUUUACAACUUGUUUUCCACCCAUUUAACUUAGUUUUUGUGAGUGACUGAAACAAAAGCAUUGCAAAGAAAAUAUCAAAAUAAAUAAAGUGGCAAAAAUUCAUGAUUUCGCUGGAAGUUGCAGUUACCCCAUAUUAGGGCCAGCAAUCAAACAACGACAACAAAAAGUGUUUAUUGAAGAUAAAUUGCAAAAAGAAAGAAAUUAACAACAAAAAAGUUGAAGAGCGCUGGCAAAGUGUGAGUUUAUGCAAAUUUAAAAUUCACAACAAAUUAAAUAUUUAAAAAAAAAAACAAACAAACAAGUUUUGUGCAUAUUGAAUUAUUCUAUAGUGAUUUUGAUUUUAAAGAAAUUUAAGAUAUUUAUUAACAAUAGUUGUGUAUUUGUUUGUUUUCUGUCUGAAAAGUCUUUAAACAAGAGAAAGAGCAAAAUCGUAUAAAAUCAUUUGGAGAUUAAAACAGCAAAAACCUUUGAACGAACAAACCUCUGAUCUGCGCCAACUUUAAAUGCACAGAACCUAAACAUACGUACACUCACACGACAUGCAAACUUUUUGGUUUCUGAUACAUACACCUUGAAGGUAUACACACACAGAUGCCGCCACCGCCAUACGGCAACAAGAUUUGAGAUAUUCCUUCAAAUCACCACACACAGACUCCAUGCAUAGAACUCAGAGCAGUUUCGGUAUCUAAAGAGCAAUAACCAAAUACCAAACCGCCCCUCCAACUCCCCCACGUUACGAGGUGAAACAGUAGUGAGAGCCCUCAACGCAACAACGACGACGACGGUCGACAGCAGCAGCAGCAACAGCAAAAAGGAGUGUUGGGAGAGCUGCCAGAGGAUUGUCACAAAACCAGAAUAACAACAACAACACAAACAAUAACAGCAGCAACAGCAAGAAACAUAUUCACCGCCUCAUAACAUUCAUUUGAGAAACUCACCAAACAGCAUCCUUUGUGUGUGAAGUUGGUACAACGACAACAACAACAACAAUUAUAUUUGUGGUGGUUGUUAGUUAAGUUGAAGUUGCAAAAAACACCACAUUCAAAUACAACAACAAUAUCAAAAAAAAACUUGUCAGUGUUGGAAAACUUGAAAAUACCUACCUUUGGGAUUUACCUGCAAUUGACCAUAGAGAAGAAAUACGAAAAAAGGAAGAAAUAUAAACGACCAAAGGCAAAAUCAAUCUAAAUCAAAAGAUUCAACGCAAUUCUCACAAUAAAAACAAUAAAAAACAACCAACAAAGCAGCGAUAAUCAAUUUAAAAAGGAAAUCGGAUAAAUUCUCUGUAAACACUUUCUGUUAGUGAAAUUUGCUACUUUUAUUGCAUGAAAACUGCUAUAUGACAGUCUUUUAUUGCAAACCGCACCUAAACCACAACCAACACCAAUGAACGCGUCUCCGGUAACUUUAGAAGCCUACUAUAAAAAUCUAUAAAAACCAAAAUACAGCAAAAAAAAACCAUAAUUUUACUAACCAGACUAACCAGAAAACUGGAAAAUUAAAAACAAACAAAAUGUUGGAUCGAUGUGAAAUGCCGGUUCAGAUCGACAACGACAAAUGUCGUCGCGAUCGUGAUGCACGUCUCUCCAAUUCACGCCUCGACUUACCAAAUCUCUGCAAUGGUGGCACUACACGUGGCUCCUCCCGCAAUCAUCAUCACCCAAAUGGCCAUCAUCAUACUUCACAAAUGCAGCAACAGCAGCAAAGCUCACAUCAUACGCAACGUAGUCCAUCAAAUGGAAAUUUGAAUAAUAUGAAUAACAACCAUAAUAACCAUAACAACAACAAUCAUAAUGGCAAUAUCAACAACAAUAAUAAUCUUGGAUCGCCGGUAUCCUCCAAUACAGUGUCCUCACAUGGCAAUUCGUCGAGUGGGGAAAGAGGUUCAUCGACAAAAUCCAAUAGCAGUACGGGCAGUGCCAAUUCAGGCAGAGAUGAUAUGAAGUGUAUGACUCCCAUGACACCAUCAGAACUUGUUAAAAAAUACAGCAACUUUUUGACUGAUAUGGAAUUUGAAGAGCUCAAAGUCUAUAAAGAAAUCUGGUAUUUUGGCCAAAAUGCCAAUAAAAACUAUUCCAAUAAGCCUGCAGCUUCCACCACCAAUUCGGGCUAUGAUGAUGAAUUGGGAAAUUAUAAAAUUAUGGAACAUGAUCAUAUUGCUUUUCGUUAUGAAAUUCUCGAAAUUAUUGGCAAAGGAAGCUUUGGCCAGGUGAUCAGAGCCUUGGAUCACAAGACCAAUACACAUGUGGCCAUCAAAAUAAUACGCAACAAAAAGCGUUUCUUAAAUCAGGCGGUGGUCGAAUUGAAUAUAUUGGAUGAGCUGCGUGAAAAAGAUGCCGAUGGAUCUCAUAAUGUCAUACAUAUGCUGGAUUAUAUGUAUUUUAGGAAACAUUUGUGCAUAACAUUUGAACUGAUGAGUCUUAAUUUGUAUGAGCUGAUCAAAAAGAACAACUACAAUGGUUUUAGCAUGAGUUUAAUAAGGCGUUUCUGUAAUUCCAUUGUCAAGUGUCUGCGUCUGCUGUACAAAGAGAAUAUCAUACACUGUGAUCUCAAGCCGGAAAAUAUUCUAUUAAAACAGCGUGGCAGCAGUUCCAUAAAGGUCAUCGAUUUUGGCAGCUCCUGUUAUGUCAAUCGCAAAAUCUAUACCUACAUCCAAUCAAGAUUUUAUCGUUCGCCAGAGGUCAUUUUGGGUCUGCAAUAUGGCACUGCCAUUGAUAUGUGGAGUUUGGGCUGCAUUCUUGCUGAACUCUAUACUGGCUUCCCUUUGUUUCCCGGCGAAAAUGAAGUUGAACAAUUAGCCUGCAUCAUGGAAAUAUUUGGACUGCCACCCAAAGAUCUCAUUGCCACUGCUACCAGACGUCGUCUGUUCUUCGAUUCGCGCGGUGCCCCACGCUGCAUUACAAACUCAAAGGGUCGCAAACGUUCCCCCGGCACCAAGACCCUGUCGCAAGUAUUGGUUUGCCAAGAUCGUCACUUUAUCAACUUCCUGCAUCGUUGUUUGGAAUGGGAUCCAGCGGAACGCAUGACUCCCGAUGAGGCUGCUCAUCAUGAAUUCCUGCAACCGUCUUCCUCUUCACGACAUCGUUCUUGCAGAAUGUCAACAUCCUCUUCCACAGGUGGACUUAACUCAUCCUCGCAGAAAUCAUCCUGUUAUAGUUUUGCCGACAUCUCGCCCUCGGCCGCAAAUGGUGGCGGUCCAGUGGUGGCCUCCAUAACAAGCACAACGACAGUUAGCAAUGCUGCCAUCACAACAACAACCAACAAAUCCAAUCGCUCUAAUAUGCAUCACAUGUCAACAUCGACCGCUAAUGGUGCCAAUGGCAACCAUCAUCAUGUCCCCUCUACUCUGUCCCAUCCCACACAUGCUCAAUCCUCAGGACAUUUACCCGAUAUCAAGUUGUCGGCCGGUGAUAAAUACAAUAGCAUGCAAAAAAUGGCUGUGCGCUCCAAGAUAACAUCAUCCGUCUCUGAUCUCGAAUCGGUGCAGCAAUAUUCGUUGCAUCGUCUCUAUGGAACCACCGGAGGUUCCAAUGGUACCCUGGUGGGCGGCCACAGUAACUCGCAUCUAACCCAAUCCGCUUCACGCAAACAUUUGAUAACCGGCACUGUGGGAUCCACAUCAUCGGCAAAAUAUGGAGGCAUAGCCACCUUGGGUCAUACCCAUCACAAUGGUAAUUCGCAUCAUGUGCCGCAGCUCAACUCCUCACAUCAUACAACGGCCUCGAAUAACAAUAUCAAUAUGUCGCACUCUCAAUCGACUGGCGAUGUGUCGGCCAUCUUUGGACGUGCUUGACUUCGCGCCCGUCCCACAAAACUCGAGCUCAAAAAAUGCAAACUAGUCAAUAUGGUGGAUUUUUGGAGCUAGAAGUGGAAGCAAAUGGGUACAGAGA